CAAGAGCCAGACACUCAACUGACUGAGCCAUCCAGUUGUCCCGGAAAAGACAUUUUAAACAAUCCUUCUUUGCUUCAAAAGAUACCAUAAACAAAGUAAAAGAUAAGUCACAACUUGGAAAGGAUACAUUCCUAAUAAAGAUUAAUGUCAAAUUUCUGUGAAGAACUUCUAUAAACCAGUAAGAAAAAGACUACCUGAGAGAAAAAUGCAUGAAGUAAGAAGUUAAUUCAAAGAGAGAACACACAAAUGGCUAACACUGUGAAAAGAUUUUGAAUCUCACCAAUAAGAGAAGAGCAAACAUCUCACAAUGAAAUACCAUUUUCUACCCAUGAAUUGGCAAACAUGUAAAAAGCUGACAUUAACAAGCAUUGGUGAGGAUGUGGAGCAAGUGGAACUCCUAACCAUUGCUUGGGGGCGUAUGAAAAGGUGCAAUCCUUUUGGAUACAUCUAUCAGUGUUGGAUAUAAAUAUUCAUUGCUAUGGCCCGUCAGUACCCUGCGUCUGUCCAUAAGGAGACCUGUAUAUGAGUGCUUUCACAGGGUUUCACUGAAUUCCUUAGAACUUUAUUAUAUUUUACAUGUUUUUCUUAAAAGAAAAAUGAGCAGACCUCUACCAUUAAAUCCCUGGGAUGAGAAAAAUUGCAGGCUGAAUGCUGUGCUAGUGGCAGAAGCAGCAAGGAAGAGCUGUGAGAGGGGAAGCUUCUGCAUGGCCACUGACGCAGAGAGGCAUGCUGACUUCCAUGUGGAGGACUCACGGUCCCACAGAAUGUUGAACUUAAUAACUCCUGGGCUCCUAGCUGGUGAAUAUGAGUUAAUCCUACGAUUUGAGAGCAUAGGUAACUUCAAGUCUAAAUUGCACUAGUUAUUUUACUAUUGGUGAUCCUACGGUUGUACGCUCAUAAAAGGUCUUAUUUGUUCCAAGAAGUGUGCCCUGGACUCCCCUUCCUUUACCUUUCAUUCUCAUCAUCCGGCUGUGAGGAAAUGGAACAAGCCAGAGCCCUGCAGGUGGCAUGGGGUGACCACUCUUUAGGCAUCUCUCAGAGGAAAGGCAUGCCCCAGGAGAACCUAGAUUCUCCUACUAUUAUCUCUUCCCAUUCAGAAACCUGUGGCAGCUCAGAAAUAGCUCAGACCCCCAUAGUAGGGACAUCCAAGAUGGCUGUGCUGCCCAGCCUUUGCCACCUCAUAGCAUGGAGAGAACGGAGUGCCACACAGCACACUGGGGUAAAUGGAGUGGGAGAGGGCUUGGGUCAGAGAAAGUAGUACCCUCACACACCUAUAACCCAUUCUCUACCCAAAAAGGCCCUUGGUGAACAGCUGUACUUUGAGGAGCCUGCCUUGCUCUGGGUAUUACAGGCUGGACUGCAGCUCAUGAAGCAAAACCUUCAAUCUACUACCUGUUGCCUCUACUUUUAAAAUACUAACCUCUGCAGCCGGACACUGAUCACUCUUAUCUAAGCGCCCAUCAUUUCCCACCUUGAUUACUGCAUUGGUUUCAGGGGUCACCCUGCUCCUCCCCUCACCCUCUUCGUCUGUUCUCCACACAGAAACCAAAGUGACCUUUUGGUGAGGUCAGAGCUCAUCAGUGCUCUGCUCGAACCAUGUGAAAACUUCCCAUUUCACUCAAAGUCAGAGUCAGAGGCAUCAAGAUGCCCAUAAGGCUGUCUGCAAUCAGGCCCCUCACUGCCCCUCUCUGACCAAUGUGCUGUUCCAACUGAGCAGUCUAAACUAGGGUGGACAAAUGCACAGGCAAGAUGAAUCAGGAACAAGGAGGAAAAGGUGUGGAGCCAGGGAAGGUCGGGGUGAGGGUCACCUCAAACUCAGGUGGGAGGGAAGUUCCAACAGGGUCCCAAAAGGCUGUCAAUGGGCUUGGGGAUUCCAGGUUCAGCUAGAGCUGGAGGCUGGGGGUUGUGACCCAGGAAUCCUUCCUGAGCUGGGUGAGGAGCUGGUCCUUUCGUCGUCCCGGUCCAUGCUCUUUAAUAAUGGUUUGAAUAACAGCCGCCAGGCAGAAAUUUCGUUUACCAUGUUCCCUGCUCUAGUCUUCAACGCCUUGCAAUAAAUGCUCACUCCAGGAAAUAUUACAACAUAGGUCGAUGGCGAUUUAGGCUUCCGUAAAGCUUCGCCAUCUAGAAAGAGAUCUGGGAAAAAUUCCUUAUGUUCUAAACUCUAGGGCUUCAUACAUACGCGAGGAGAAGCUUCAAACUAGCCUCCUCAUCUGGAAAGGGAGAUCAGAACAGGCACUUCCUUAGAGUAUUGUAAAUGUUAAAUGAAAGGACCCCUUGAAAGCGUUCAGACCUGCGUAUGGACGCAGAAAACGAUCAGACUUGGUCAAGUUCGCAUUGCUAAGGGCAGUUACCGUGAGCCCCCAUUGCACAGACAGGCAAACUAAGGCUCACGGGGUCGCGACCUACCCAGGCCUUCCGGAGUUGAGCGGCGGCGGAGAGGGUGAUCUAGGCCUGGGACAGCACCUUCCAGCUCGCCGGGGGCUGGGAUACUAGUCACCCAAGUAAGUCCCUGACGCCGCGGGGGCGGGACUCGAGGCGGAGUUGCUCCGGUACUUGCCAUGGCGACGCUUCCGGACCAACCGGAAGCGUACUGCCCGGAACUACAACUCCCAGGAGCCCGUGCGGCGCGUCCUGGUCGACGCCGGGGGAGCGGUCGCCAUUGUCCGCCGCCGCGGUGAGGCGGUCGCCAAGGCGGUGGUGUUGUUGCCCCUACCGCCACCGAGGAUUAGGACGGUCGGGAAAACGAGCGGGAAGACGCGGCGCCUGCUGACGGGGCUGGCGCGGCACCACAGCGGGUCCCGCGCCUGCCCUUUUCGCGCUGGCUUCGCGCCCCGGUUUCCCUUGGUUCUCCCACCCUCCUGCCUCCCGCCUCCGGGCUCGCGGCCGCGCUGGGCCGGCUGGGCGGGCCCGGGGGAACCCUGCACGUCGGGCCUGGCGCCGGGUCGCGGCGGCCGGCCCGGCACGCCUUUGUUUACCCCGCCGCGCGCGAGGAUCCCAAGUGCACCGCUGGGCCGAACCUUGGAGCGGAACAAAAGCCAGACGCCCCCGGCCGACUGACCCCGAGCUUGUUAAGUCGCUUGCCGAGAGCGUCGGGGACCGGCUCGCAGGGGUGGGAGGCCGGGAGCCGCGAACCAGCGAGUGUUUCUCGUCUCCGCGGGUUCACCGCAGGCGCAGAAGGACGGCGUCGAACGUGGGAGGGGAACAGGCCUCGGUUCCUUUAAGCUUGCAGUGACGGCUGACUUUGUUAAGUUGCAAACAACGGUGCAGAAUAGUUUGCCUACUUUGAGUUUUGGCACAGAUCCCGGUGUUCCUGGGCCCAGUAGGCGCCCUGGUGCUUUAUACACACUCUCAGGAAUCCGCAGAGCUCUGCCAGUUGGCCUUGGAACCCUCAGGGAGGUCUCGGGACUUGCACAAAGACUUGGAACCUAGUGAGUUUGUGGUCUGGGCUCCACACCAGGAGACACACAGGUUGGGCCUGGUUUGUACUGCAAUUGCAUUCCGUGAGUCACCGGAAUCCCGUGCACCUGGGCAGGCACCUGGUUGAUUGAUCCUGUGGGAUGGCAGCCAUCAAUCCGUGGGCUUCGUGGGGUGUCCUUACAGACCAGUCCUGGGAAAUGGCGGCUGUUGACCCAUGGGCCUCCUGGGCUCUGUGUCCUCAGGACUCGGCCUGGCAUGUGGAAGAAGACUCUGAGGAGGAGAAGAGGGCCACUGGGCUUCUGACAGCCCAGAUCCAGGAACCAGUGACCUUCAAGGAUGUGGCUGUGGACUUCACCCAAGAGGAGUGGGGACAGCUGGACCUUGUUCAGAGGACCCUCUACCGUGAUGUGAUGCUGGAGACCUAUGGGCAUCUGCUGUCUGUGGGGAAUCAGAUUGCCAAGCCGGAGGUCAUCUCUCUGUUGGAGCAAGGAGAGGAGCCAUGGUCAGUGGAACAAGCAUAUCCUCAAAGCACUUGUCCAGAGUGGAUGAGAAAUCUUGAAAGCAAAGCAUUGAUCCCAACACAAAGCAUUUUUGAGGAAGAACAAUCCCAUAGCAUGAAGUUGGAAAGAUACAUAUGGGAUGAUCCUUGGUUCUCCAGGUUAGAAGUCUUGGGAUGUAAAGACCAAUUAGAAAUGUAUCACAUGAACCAGAGUACAGCUAUGAGGCAAAUGGUCUUCAUGCAAAAGCAAGUACUGUCUCAAAGAGGUUCUGAAUUUUGUGGACUUGGAGCAGAGUAUAGCCAGAACUUAAACUUUGUUCCAACUCAGAGAGUUUCUCAAAUAGAACAUUUCUAUAAGCCUGAUACAAAUGGUGAAAGCUGGCGGUGUAACUCAGCCAUAAUGUAUGCAGAUAAGAUUACCUGUGGAGAUCAUGGUUAUGACAAAGCCUUCCACCAGUCCAUACAACCUAUUCAGCCUGAAAGGAUGCAAACUGGAGAUAAUCUUCCCAAAUGUACUGAUGCUGUUAAAUCUUUCAAUCAUAUACUACAUUUUGGUGAUCAUAAGGGAAUGCAUACAGGAGAAAAACUCUAUGAAUAUAAGGAAUGCCAUCAAAUCUUUAACCAGAGCCCAUCAUUUAGUGAACAUCCACGACUUCAUAUUGGAGAAAACCAGUAUGAUUACAAAGAAUAUGAGAAUAUCUUUUAUUUCUCAUCAUUUAUGGAACAUCAAAAAAUUGGUACUGUAGAGAAAGCGUAUAAAUACAAUGAAUGGGAGAAAGUCUUCGGGUAUGACUCAUUCCUUACUCAGCAUACAAGCACUUACACCUCAGAGAAACCCUAUGAAUAUAAUGAAUGUGGGACAUCUUUCAUCUGGAGCUCUUACCUUAUCCAACAUAAGAAAACUCAUACUGGAGAGAAACCCUAUGAAUGUGAUAAAUGUGGAAAAGUGUUUAGGAAUCGCUCAGCCCUUACUAAACAUGAACGGACUCACACUGGAAUAAAGCCCUAUGAAUGUAAUAAAUGUGGAAAAGCCUUCAGCUGGAAUUCUCAUCUAAUUGUACAUAAAAGAAUUCAUACGGGAGAGAAACCUUAUGUAUGUAAUGAAUGUGGGAAAUCUUUCAACUGGAACUCCCAUCUUAUUGGACAUCAGAGAACUCAUACCGGAGAGAAACCUUUUGAAUGUACUGAAUGUGGGAAAUCUUUUAGCUGGAGCUCCCAUCUUAUUGCCCAUAUGAGAAUGCAUACUGGAGAGAAGCCCUUUAAAUGUGAUGAAUGUGAAAAAGCUUUCAGGGAUUACUCAGCCCUUAGUAAACAUGAAAGAACUCACUCUGGAGCAAAACCAUAUAAAUGUACGGAAUGUGGAAAAUCCUUCAGCUGGAGCUCCCAUCUUAUUGCCCAUCAGAGAACUCACACAGGAGAGAAACCCUAUAACUGUCAGGAAUGUGGCAAAGCAUUCAGAGAACGCUCAGCCCUCACUAAACAUGAAAUAAUUCAUUCUGGAAUCAAGCCUUAUGAAUGUAAUAAAUGUGGAAAAUCCUGCAGCCAGAUGGCUCACCUUGUUAGACAUCAAAGGACUCAUACUGGAGAAAAGCCCUAUGAGUGUAAUAAAUGUGGAAAAUCCUUCAGCCAGAGCUGUCACCUUGUUGCUCAUCGGAGAAUUCACACUGGUGAGAAACCCUAUAAAUGUAAUCAGUGUGAAAGAUCUUUUAACUGUAGCUCUCACCUUAUUGCACACCGGAGAACUCAUACUGGAGAGAAACCAUAUAGAUGUAAUGAAUGUGGGAAAGCAUUUAAUGAGAGUUCUUCCCUCAUUGUACAUCUCAGAAACCAUACUGGAGAAAAACCCUACAAAUGUAAUCAUUGUGAGAAAGCUUUCUGUAAGAAUUCUUCUCUUAUAAUUCAUCAGAGAAUGCAUAGUGGAGAGAAACGCUUUAUAUGCAAUGACUGUGGAAAAGCCUUUAGUGGUCACUCAGCCCUACUUCAACAUCAGAGGAAUCAUAGUGAAGAGAAACUGUGAAUUGAAUUGAUAGAUUUUUCUUUUAUUGUACAUUUGGUAAUGCAGCAAAAAAGGGAAAAAAAACCCUAUAAAUCAAGAGGGGAAAUUUUUUAGUAAGAAUUCAGGAAGACUUAUUAUUCAAUAGAAAAUAACUUCUUAGAAGAAACCUAUGAAUGAAGAGACUGGAAAAAGCUUUCAGCAGUUAUGUAGCCUUUAUUUAACGUCAGAUAAUUGCAGUGAUGAAAACUCCAAACUCCCCUAGUGGUCCACCAGGAAUCCUACUUAAGGAACAUGAAUGUAGGGAAUGAGACAACUUUUCGUAAGAGAUCUCAACUAUUUUUGGAUAAGAGUGCAUUGUUAAGGGGAAAAGCUCAUUCUGGGAAAAGUUUUUCAACUUAAAAUACACUGUUUUGCAUCAAGCUGGAAUGAUGGAUGGGAAGCUUUAUAGUAACACCUUGUGCAUAAUUGUGGAAAUACAGAUUUUGCUGUUAUAAAGGGAGGAGGUGGGUGCCCUUUAAGGAACAGAAUAUCAAAUACUAAAUCUGAAUUUAAGGAAAAAAUGUGUUGAAUGGGAUAUUUACUGUUGAUCAAGAUUAACCUUAGAAGAGAUUAGUAAAUGAGAUUACUAAUGAUGGAAAGAUUAUUACCUAGAAGUAUGAGACUGAUGUUGGAACAAGAGGUGACAGUUUAUGACCCAGUGUGUCAGUGUCCAUAGUUUACUCAUGAUUGCAUUGUUGGACAAUUCAUUUGUGAUUUGUUAUAAUUGUGGACACUGCAUCAAUAUACAUAAUGUGAAGGAAUGAAAAGGACACAAAAUCGUACAUACAUAGCUAUUAUCUAAAAAAUGAAUAUGGAUAAAGACUGGAAGGACCCAUGGAGAAAUUAACCUGGUUAAUUUAAGAUUUUUUUAAAGUUUUACAAACACAGCACUUAUCAUGUGCUAGGCUUUGUUAUAAAUGCUUUUCAAAUAUUGUUCAGUCUCCUUAAUUCUAUGAGAUAGGUACCAUUAUUAUCCCAGUUUUAUAAAUGGAGAAACUGGGGCAGAGAUGUUGAGAAACCUACCUAAGGACACAUAGCUAUUAAGAAAUGGAACUGAGAUUGUUUGGCUCCAGAGUCAUGUUUUUAACUAUAUGUUAUGCUGCCUCUCCAGUAAUUUUUUUGCCCUAAUUUUUUUCUUUUGUUCAGUUUUCCAUAGUAGAUAUUUAAUAAUAAAAAUCCAGAAAUUCCAAAACAAUGAGAAAUAAAGUUACCUGGCUCUCUGUCCUGAAUGAUUUCUGGCAACAUGAGAGCUAAACUCCCUUUGGAAUAUGAAAUCUGGAUUGGACAUUCAGAAUCACUGCAUUUUCUGGGACCUGGGUUCCCUAGGAUUUCACUACCCACAACCCUGAGGAUUACAGCACAACAAUGGCUGGAAGACUCACUGGAGGUUUGGGCAAUGCUGAGGAAUGCCCCUUGAUGUGUUUAGAAUGGCCCUUAUGAGACAGAGAGCAAGAGACACUACUGGACAUGGGAGCACUAUUUCUCAAGGUCUCCCUCAAAUUCAGUUUGUGCUUGCUUUCUAGCUGAGAAGAUGCUUGAUAGUAGGGGGGUUCAAAGGGAAGGGAGCUCACCAAUUCAUCAGAGUGAAGAAGUCUCUGCUCCUAGUGGAAGAGAGGCAAGAUGAAUAAGAGGAUUUAGGUGACUUCUCUCCAAUGCACAAAUAUUUCCUGUAUUUCCCUAAAGAAGGGCUAUAAUUAGAGGCCAACAAUUCUUGGAUAUGUUUCAAGGGUAUUGGUUAGAAAUCUAGGAUACAAAAGAUUCAUCUAGUUCUUGCAGGGCCCAUGACUUCCCACUGGUUGAGAAGGUGGUCUACUGGUGUGGGGAGGCUGUGUUCACCAUCUGACUCCUGUAGCUGGAACUCACAUAGGUAUGUAACAUCUGAUUCCUUACCUUUCAGGGCUUAAUGCAUAGUGGCCACCCAAUAAAUGUUGCAGGAGUAAAUUAACUGAACGGAUUUCUCAUGUGAUUUGUGCAAAGACCUUUAGAGAGAAUAGAAUUAGCAACAUUUCUGUAAGAGAAAGCGGUAUGUAUCAAGUCAUAUUGUCACCAUAUAGUGUUCUAAUAACCGAUGUAGUACACUUUGAGCAAAUCCAGUUUCUCUGAUUUAGGGACUCUAAAGGAUCUCAUAAUUCAUACACAAGAUUAUAGAAGCAUCCUGACAAAUUAUUCUUUAUUACCCAGUUUAAGAUCCUUUAAAACAAAUUUCUAAAAGCGCCUCUUGUGGCCCAGCCCAUGUCACAAGUCAAGAGAAAGUCCCAGACUUCUGCUUCCUCCUGGAAGGAUCCCCCACAUUCCUACCACCUGUCAUACAGCCUUAUGUGCACAGUGUGCCUUGGAUGUUCAGGACUCCCAGGCCCCCUCACAUCCCUUAUUCUAACCCAUAUAUGGCUCAAUUUAUUGCCCUUUGGGCCCCAUCUUCAACUCCUCACCAACUCUGGAACCUUCUGCUGGGCCCAGGUGGAACUCUUACUCGGCCAUAAGCUCUCCCUUUUCACCUCCUGCUGUGAUCGAAGCUUGGGUCUCCUGUGCACAGUGUCUCUUACGAUGGCUCCAGGGGUGGCUCCUUUCCCUUCCACUUUUCUCAUUUGCUGCUUCUGGAUUGCUCCUCCCUUCUCGUAAGACUUACCUUUGACUCUUGGGACGUGAGACCAUCACUCCUGCUUCCCUUCAUUGCAGUCAUCUAAUGGGUCACUCAUCCACAUAUUAACAAUUUCAGCACCUGCCUUACUGCAUCUAGAACCACCUCCAUCAUAAUACUUCCUGUAUUAUCCAUCAUCCAUCUCAAUGGUCUUCUCAAGUGCUGACCUCAGUUCUUUGACCCCUCUGCUCAUGGUUUUGUUAACCACUAGGAUUAUUCCAUUACCAGUGACUGGAACACCUCCACCUUCUGUUUCUUAAGCUGGUUGGCUAUUUAGUAUCAAGCUUCCAACAAUCCCGACUUAACCUUCCCUCAUGCUCACUGCCAGCAGAUGACUUUGCCCCCUAUUUCCCUGAGAGAACAAGCAAUCAGCAGAAGCCUGCCAUAACAUCUACCUACCUUCCACAGUGUCCAUGCUCUGCCACAGGUACCUAUAUACAAACUGGGUUGGCUCCAGAGCCUGUCUCCAUACUAGUCAAGGGCAUUGCUCCAGCAAAGUUUCCCCUAUCUCAUGUGUCAUCAGGUUUUCCCUAUGUACUGGAUUAUUCCCACCAACAUGCAAACAUGCUUAAAAAAAAAAAAAAGGUAAACCUCUCAAUACCACAUUCCCUUCUAGCUCCUGCAUAAUUUCUCUGUUUUGUUGUAGAAAGCAAAAUUUUUAAGAGUCCCUACUUUCCAUUCUUUCUUGAACCCUCUCCAAAGCUACCUCACUGCCAGAUGUCCUCCACAUUGCUAAACCUAGUGGUCAAUUCUGUUUUUUCUUCCUUGAAAUAGUAGCAUUAUCGAUAAUGGAUCAUUUCCUCCUUAAAACAUGUUUUUCAGCUGGCUUUCCAGAGUUCCGUCCUGAUUCUGGCCUUCAUUUCAGGCCCCCUUGGCUGUUUUCUCCCCACUUCCCUUACCUCUUAUUGUCAGGGUGCCCUGUUUUCUACCAGUUUACACCUCUGAUGGUCUCAUCCAGUCUUGAGGCUUCAAACAGCACUGGUAUGCUGAGGACUUUAUUUUUGGGGCUGCAAUUUGAUGAGUGUUGAAAAUGUAUAUACCCUUGUAACCACUACUACAAUCAAAACAGAGUAUUUUCACUUUUCCAGAAAAUUCCUUCAUGUCUCUACAGUUCAUCUCCACCCAUCCUCCCUCCCCCAAGCCCUCGGCAACCACCUAUCUGCUCUGUCACUACAUAUUAGAAUUGUCUUUUAGACUUUCACUUAAAUGGAAUCACACAGUAGUCUAUAC